GAACGGAAAGCUUAGUGGGGUUUCAGUAGGCUGCAAGGCCACUAUCAAUGAAGCAGAUCAAUUCGAGCAUCAACACAAAGUGUUCAUACAAGAGGGUAUUGGUAUUUGGUGGUUCAAUAUAAUAAUAUAUAUCCUCUUGUGUGAAAAUUUGGAUCAAGUAGUUUCCACCAUGGGUGUCUUCUACCAUGAACAUGAAGAGCCACCAAACCAUACCAAGAGAUGCAAAUGCCUUGGUGAGACUCUGAAGGAAGUGUUUUCACACUGUCAAACUUUUAGUCGACGGCUUUCAACUACAAGCCUUGAGGAUGAGUGCUUCAACAGUGAUAUUGAUGAGGAACAGCAAGUUGUUGUCUCAGCAGUUAGAAGCCGAGCUAUGGAAAAACAAAAGCACAAGUUAAGCCCAUUGAAGGAAGUGUUUGUGACACACACAAAGGCACCAAGGGUGGUAGGUGAUGGAGAACAAGAUGAAAGAGAAGAGUUUUUGUCCGUUAAAAGUUGUCUCUCACGCUGUUCUUCAAGUGGAGAAGCAUUUUAUUCUGUGAAAACUAACCUUUCAAGGUGUUCAAGCAUGAAUGAACUUGACAUCACAGAAUUUUGGAGACGUUCAAUGAUUCAGGAGUUUUGUCAUUGUGAGGGAUGGCCUUUUGGUCUGUGCCGUAAAGCUGUGUUGCUUCCACCACUGCCCAAGUCUCCAUCUGAGUCAUGGCUGUCGCGGAAAAUACAACGAAGCACCAAAGUUACUUGAAUUUAUGUAGCUUUUACUGAAUUUGCCUUUCCUUUUUCAACUAUGUCUAGAAUUAGUAAGAAUCAGAAUUUAGUUUAAGAUUAUCAAAUGAAAUCAGAAAUAGCUCUCAAGCUUCACUAAAGAUAUCUUUCAGAGACGAGAAAAUUAAUCCUUUGGGCUGCAUAAAGAUUAUUAGUGUUUUUUGUCUGUCUUAAGUUUAAA